AUGGAUUCAGCCUUCUAAUUUUACUGAAUGUGUUGGUAAAACAACCGCUUACGCAUAUCAGAAAAGUGCGAAAAUACCAAAAAACCAAAGAAAUGAAACAGAAAAACGAGAAAGCUCAAACAGAUUCUUAUUACAAAAAGGCAGCAAAUGCAAAGCUUUCUUCAGUUUAAUUAUGGGUAUUUGCAAUUGCCGUGCCUAAGCCCUAAGCCUAAACUAAACCCACCUCCUCCCUCCUCCCUCCUCCGUUUAGUUUAGGAAAAGAACUCUACUUCAUAAUUUCUAGGGUUUCGUUUCUUUGCUAUCUCAUUUCCUCGGCUUUUUUUGGUUUUAGGCGGGGAUUGGAAUCAAUGAGAGAUCAAUUGAAUUCGGAUCUGUUUGACCCGAGAACUGAGAUGGUCCCAGAUUUUUCGCGUGGGGCGUCUAGCUCCGAUGGUGAUUUCGGUUUCGCUUUCAACGAUAGUAAUUUCUCUGACAGACUUCUUCGGAUUGAGAUUAUGGGCGGGCCCCCUCAGUGCCGCCCCGAUGGAGAGGGUUGCACCAGCAUCGCCGAUUGGGCUCGCCACCGCAAAAGGCGUCGAGAGGAUAUCAAGAAGGAAACCGUUUUGGAUCUUAGUUUAUGUCCUGAGGAGCAGAUUUUAAAUGACAACCAGCCUGAUAUGGACGAUGGUGUAGGCUGUGAGAAUCAAGACGAGGAGCCAGUGGCAAUGGUUGAAGAAACACAAUCAGGUGAUGAGGAUGCGAAUAGCAAUGAAUCAAGCUGGAGCAUGGAUUGUUCUGCAGUUCUGAGAGUUAAAACAUUGCAUAUCAGUUCUCCCAUUUUAGCAGCAAAAAGUCCCUUCUUCUACAAGCUUUUCUCAAAUGGGAUGAGGGAGUCGGAGCAACGGCAUGUAACCUUAAGAAUCAAUGCCUCUGAGGAAGCUGCUCUCAUGGAGCUUUUGAAUUUUAUGUAUAGCAACAACUUAUCUGUCACCACAGCUCCUGAAUUGCUUGAUGUGCUGAUGGCUGCUGACAAAUUUGAGGUUGCCUCUUGUAUGAGAUACUGCAGCCGGCUAUUGCGCAAUUUGCCUAUGACACCAGAGUCAGCUUUGCUUUAUUUGGAUCUUCCCUCGAGUGUGUUAAUGGCUGAAGCUGUCCAACCAUUGACUGAUGCUGCAAAGCAGUAUCUCGCUGCCCGUUACAAAGACAUUACCAAGUACCAAGAAGAGGUAUUGGCUUUGCCACUAGCUGGGAUUGAGGCAAUAUUGUCCAGUGAUGAUCUGCAAAUCGCAUCUGAGGAUGCUGUGUAUGACUUCGUGUUAAAGUGGGCAAGGGCUCAGUACCCAAAACUGGAAGAGCGUAGGGAAGUGCUUGGUUCGCGCCUUGCUCGCUUUAUUCGCUUCCCUUAUAUGACCUGCCGGAAGCUUAAGAAGGUGUUAACAAGUAACGAUUUUGAUCAUGAGGUUUCAUCGAAACUUGUGCUUGAGGCCCUUUUUUUCAAGGCUGAAGCUCCACAUAGACAACGAAGUUUGGCUGCAGAGGAGUCUGCCAGCUUGAACCGUCGCUUUAUUGAGCGAGCUUACAAGUAUCGGCCUGUUAAGGUGGUGGAAUUUGAACUUCCCCGUCAGCAAUGUGUUGUAUACCUGGACUUGAAGAGGGAGGAGUGUGCAAAUUUAUUCCCUUCUGGACGAGUUUAUUCUCAGGCAUUCCACCUGGGUGGACAAGGUUUCUUCCUUUCAGCCCAUUGCAACAUGGACCAGCAGAGCUCUUUCCAUUGCUUCGGGUUGUUUUUAGGAAUGCAGGAAAAGGGUUCUGUUAGUUUUGCAGUGGACUAUGAAUUUGCAGCAAGGUCAAAGCCAACAGAGGAGUUCGUCAGCAAAUACAAAGGCAACUACACAUUCACCGGCGGCAAGGCUGUUGGCUACCGGAAUUUAUUCGCUAUACCUUGGACUUCUUUCAUGGCUGAAGACAGUCUUUACUUCAUAAAUGGUAUACUCCAUCUUCGGGCUGAGUUAACCAUCAGGCACUAACCAACUCCUGUUUGAUCCAUCGAAUUUCUGCUUUCUAACUCCCCUUUUGUUGUUGCUCUGCUCAGAUAAUGAGCCAAAGGGAAUGUAAAAGUAAAUGGAUAAACUUUUGUUUUUGUUUCUUCAAGGAUCGUGUUGAUGGGUUUGUUUGGCUAUGGAGGUGGAUUAACGUCUAUAUUAACUUAUUUUAUCUGUAUUUAAGCAACUACUUUAAGAUAAUUUUUAUUUGUGUUGGAAGCCGUUACCUCAGUAUUGCGGUGGUCUCUGUUAUCAAAAGGUUUUGUUAGAUGGUCUGAAUCGCGAUGUGACAUCUUUGUAAGCCUUGACUCGGGGGUUAUCAAUAUGACAAGGCUGAUGGGGCUGGGGAGCGAAAUCCGUAAGAAAGCAAAGUUGAAUGAGAAUGAAGGGGAAGACGAUGGCACUGCCAAUAAUUAUAUUGAUUUUGAGGAUGUAGAUAAGCUCUAAAAAGUUUUCUUUUUCCCUUUCAUAUGGUUAGGUACAUUCUAAUAUUUAACAAGUUUUAGCUUUAACAAUGCGUGUUAUUGUUUUCUCCAAGAGUUGUACCUUUAGCCGUAGGGAAAGUAGAGAUCUUCAUGCUGUUGGACUCCAUAUAUGUAUGGGAAAAAGAGUCAUGAUUCCACCUUCCUUGGAGAAAACUGUUCAACUUAAGUUCAGGCAGACCCGCAGAUUUACAGAGAGAUAUCAAGAAAGCUUAUGCACGCUCGAAUUUGUUACUUAUUAUCUGUGCGGCUUGAAUUUGAUUCAUAGGCAUUGUGCUAAGGGAAUAAGUAAAUAUAUCAGAUUCAAUAUACAUUUGAAUGGAAGAAACGGGUUACUUUCUCCACAUUAACAUGAUAUAUAUACAUAUGUAUAAGAUGGAAGCUACAGUCGUACAUAGCAAAUUGACAAGUAUCAUCUCAUUAACAGGCCAAAUAAAACAAUAUUUCAUGCACAGCAAUCCUACAAUUACAGGAUAUUGAUGUGUCUUUUACAGGUUACAAAAAAGGAGCAAAAAGAUAAUGAUAGCAAAUAAGUGAACAUGACAUUCUUGGGCAUCUAUUCAGUUCCAGUAAUCUUAUUCUUCAGUGCCUCGAUAUCCGUGGCUAGUUCUUUC